CAAACGGGGGAUGGUAAAGGGUGGAGUUGGGUGAUAGAGAGCAAGGGAUAGUAAAAGGAAGAGAAAGACAGAGAAAGGGAAAUAUUUAUUAAAAAAAAAGGAAUAAAUUAACAGCAGCUGCAGGAGGACUGAGUCACAGCAGGAAGAUCAACAAGAUGGUGUUCUAUACGUGUGGACCAAAUGAAGCCAUGGUUGUAUCAGGGUUUUGUCGCACUCCUCCUGUGAUGAUCGCCGGUGGUCGCGUGUUUGUCUUGCCGUGUAUACAACAAAUACAGAGGAUCUCACUGAACACACUGACACUAAAUGUGAAGAGCGAGAAGGUUUAUACCCGUCAUGGGGUGCCUAUCUCCGUCACUGGCAUUGCCCAGGUGAAAAUCCAGGGGCAGAACAAAGAAAUGCUGGCUGCUGCCUGCCAGAUGUUCCUGGGGAAGAGUGAAAAUGAGGUGGCCCAUAUUGCCCUUGAGACACUGGAGGGCCACCAGCGAGCUAUUAUGGCUCAUAUGACAGUGGAGGAAAUCUACAAGGACAGACAAAAAUUUUCAGAGCAAGUGUUCAAGGUGGCCUCGUCUGACCUUGUUAACAUGGGUAUCAGUGUUGUUAGCUACACGCUGAAAGAUAUCCACGAUGAUCAGGAUUAUCUUCAUUCUCUCGGAAAAGCGAGGACGGCGCAAGUACAGAAAGACGCAAGAAUUGGUGAGGCAAUAGCCAAGAGAGAUGCAGGAAUCAAGGAGGCAGAGGCAAUGCAAGCAAAGGUAUCGGCUCAGUACGUUAACGAGAUUGAAAUGGCAAAAGCGCAAAGAGAUUUUGAGCUGAAGAAAGCAACAUACGACAUGGAGGUGAACACAAGGAAAGCGGAAAGUGAAAUGGCUUAUCAGCUACAGGUGGCUAAGACCAAGCAAAAAAUUGAGGAGCAGAAAGUUCAGGUGCAGGUGGUAGAGAGGACACAGCAGAUCCAGUUACAGGAACAAGAAAUAUCCCGAAAGGAGAAAGAACUCGAAGCUAUGAUAAAGAAGCCAGCAGAUGCUGAGCGCUUCCGACUGGAAAAGAUUGCAGAGGCCGAAAGAAUGAGGCUGGUCACCCAGGCAGAGGCGGAAGCAGAAGUUAUCAGGGUGAAGGGAGAGGCUGAAGCUUACGCCGUGGAGGUCCGUGCAAUAGCCGAUGCCGAACAGAUGGCUAAAAAAGCUGAAGCCUUCCAAGAUUACCAAGAUGCGGCUAUGGUGAAUAUGUUGCUGGAGAAACUUCCUGAGGUAGCGGAGGAGAUCACCAGACCCUUGAUGCAAACAAAAAAGAUUACAAUGGUGUCCAGUGGGGGCAGUGAGGUGGGCGCUUCCAAGAUAACAAGCGAGAUGUUGGAUAUACUCAGCCGUCUGCCGGAAACAGUAGAGAAACUGACUGGCAUCAGCAUUAACCAGGCCGGGUAUAAGAAGCCAGGACGCAUGUCGUAAUGUCCGAGGAUUUCCUAGAAACCGUAGCGAUCGAUGCUAUCAACUAUCUAUUAAUGUUGUUUUCAACAUGGAAUCUGUUCCUGUGAAUAUUCUUCAUGUUAGGCUCUUCGUUAGAUUGUUAUCAUUUUAUUGCCAUAGUGUUUAAUUUUUUUUACUGUAUUUUAUUUGUGUUGCUUCUGGGAAUGCCAUUGAGUGAAUGGAAAUCCGUAUGCAAAAAACGCUUUUCACUCCCUAUGUUGCAUGCAGGACUGGACUAAAUGCUCAAAAUGAAAUGGCUACCAUGUGCCAUGUGUCUGCGUCAUCAUCAAGCUUUCACCUACUAACACAAAAUUGAAAGGGGCAUUUUAGUGUAAAAGUAAAAACGCUUUAAUUUCUUUAGCAGAUAUGGGCAUUCGUUUUAGAAGUAAAACCUGCUAUGUUGUUAAAAAGAAAGAGUUCCCUUUAUUAAAGGGACAUUAGAAACUAAACACAUUUCAUGCACCUUCUAAUCAUGGGUGCUGCCAUAUUGGAAUCUAGGUUACACUGCAGGUAUCUGAAGGAGCACCUCCCUCUAAUCAUGGGUGCUGCCAUAUUGGAACCUAGGUUACACUGCAGGUGCACACGUGAGAGCGCGUCGGCACUGGAAUGUAGUGAAAACUAGAUUUCAUGUGUUUACCCUAUUCUUAUAGACUUUCGAAUAAAGGUUAAGUUUUAACCUUGGAAUUUUU